AUGACAAAGCUCAGCACAACCUCAGUCUCGUUAGCCGUGACACCGACUGUCGUGGGGACCUUGUUUUCACAUGUGAGUGGUGUCUGCAUCACGUUCGUCAGGACUCAGGAGAAGCUUGACGCCAAGGAGCGCCGUGUGCUGCGCCCCGAUUUGCUGCCCAAAUCUUGUGGUGGGCGGGCUCAUCCUGCCACCAUUGAUGGCGAAUCGAUUUUCUGGGAUAGGAACCUCUCAAGGAGAAGCCGACCGCCCAUCUCUCCUAUGACGAGGGGCUCCGCAUUCACCAGCCAAUGGGUGCCCUCACCGCAAUGGGUGAAGCUGGAAAAUAUAAAAAUACCACAAGAUCAUCUGUCGCGAUCCGCUGAAUUGAUCAACGAGGAGCUUGGCGAGGACGGCCGGGCCUUGGUUGGCGGCAGCUUGUGGUGGCAAUGGCGCAGACCCAAGAAGCCCCUCGAGGCCGAGUGGAUUGAGAUGCGCGCCCAUGCAAACGAGAGAAAGAAGACCGGUAACCCAGCACACCGUGUCAUUCUGUACUUUCACGGCGGCGGCUACUACUUUGGCAGCGUGGACGAACACCGUUACCAGAUGCAGCGCCAUGCGCGCAAGCUAAAAGCCAGGGUGCUUGCCCCGAGAUAUCGUCUCGCGCCGCAGUUUCCCUUUCCCUGUGGCCUGCAAGACUGCUUAGCAGCCUAUUUACACUUGCUAUCGUCGCAGGACCCCAGCACCAUCAUCUUGGCAGGGGACUCUGCUGGUGGCGGCAUGGCCAUGGCAAUCUUGCUAAUUUUGCGCAACCAAGGAUUACCGCUUCCAGCUGGUGCUAUCCUCAUAAGCCCCUGGGUAGACUUGACGCACUCUUUUAAGAGUAUUGCCGGCGAUGCUCCAAUGGACUACAUUCCUACAAACGGAUUUCACCACAGGCCCUCGAAAGCAUGGCCCCCUCCGAAUGACGACGAUAUUGCCGAGAUCAAGCGAGAUGCGCAUCAUUUGAAGCGCGUGCGAACAGGCGCUUCUGGGGUUAAGGAUGCAAAAGCCGAGACUACACCAGAAUUCGAACACGAACCGGAUGAGCGGCAGUACAUUCACCUUGAUAUUGAUGGAAAGCCCGUCACGGUCAAGGAUCAAAUUCAGCUUUACACUACCAACGCGCUUCUCACGCACCCUCUGGUCAGCCCAGUGCUCCAAGCUACGCUUGGUGGUCUUCCGCCAUUACUCGUUAUGGUUGGCGGCGGAGAGAUCUUGCGUGACGAGCAAAUCUAUCUGGCUCAUAAAGCUGCCAACCCACAGAAAUAUGCACCCCCUACGGAGGGAUUAUCAGCUCGAGAGAAGGAACAACUUGCCAAAUUUAAGCCCACUGAUGUGCAACUGCAAGUCUGGGAUGACCUAUGCCACGUUGCACCGACGUUGAGCUUUACCAAGCCGGCAAAGUUUAUGUACCGGUCUAUCGCGCAAUUUGGAGCAUGGCUGCUCGCAAGAGCUCAGCAUCGCGGAAUCGACAUCAUGGACGAUGAUCAGAUCUCGGUCAUUUCUUCCUCGGGCUCUGACACGCAAGUAGGCAAUACUGCUGUUAAAGUGGAAAAUAUCCGCAAGGAAGAGAAGGCUCCUACAGCUGUAUCUGGACAUGUCGGCAAAGCUGGAGAUCCCCUCCCACCUUUCAAGAACCACAUGAUUCGACAGCGCGUUACUCGUCACGGCGUUACGCUUCCAUUGGCACCGGAGACGGAACUGGACGCAUGCACCAUGGAGCCGACCGAGGUUGGAGUAUUUAAAGCCACAACAGCUAAGAAGUGGCUUGCAACUCGUCGCGAAUAUGAUACUCGAUACGCGUCUGCCAAGGCAAAGGUCCAUAAGCAAUUGGUGAGCGAUCUUGCUAUAGGCUUUCAGGACUUUGGGCCCGGAGAGGUUCCUCCACCGGCAGCUCUGGCGGGCAGACGCAAGCUCGAAUCCCAUAUGGUUGAGACUAAGAGGAAGAGAAGCCUCGGCCUAUCCCUCUGGUCGUUGUGGGGAUCCAAACAUGAUGAGGAAACCAUGGAGCGAGAACAUCAAGUGGAUGAGCAGCCACAAAUUGAGAUUGUGGAAGAAGACGGUGGCGGUCGCAUUUCUCACCGGGAGCAGAACGGCCAACCGCAUACGCAAGUGCAGGCUCCUGGUGAUGUCACAAGUCGCAGCCGCUCCCGCCGCAAAACCGUCAUCGACGAGCAUCAGACAGACGGCGAGAUCAGUGAAGAUACGCCCGUUGCUCAAUUGCUGCAGCAGCGACAAGAACAGGAAGCGUCCCAACCUGGUCUACUGAGCCCAAACUAUAUACCUGAGACUGGCGUAACUGGAAAGCGGCCGUUCAUCAAGGGGUUGGCUCUGCCUUUUAGCCUGAAUAAGGAAGCUGAUACAGCCAGCAUGGUGACUCUUCAGUCUCAUGCCAGCCCCGGCAACGAAGCAAACAAGCAGCUUACCAUUCCGCCGUACAGUCCCGCUGACGGCGAGGGGGGCUCUGUGAAGCAGGAAACUUCUCAAAGCAAGGUGCCAACACUAUUGUUCGAGAAUGCCGCCGCGAAAUAA